AUGAGACAAAGGCGACGGGUAGAAUUACUAAACGAUUACGAAUGCAAGAUUCGUUAUCACCCCGGAAAGGCCAAUGUGGUUGCAGACGCUUUAAGCGGAAAGGAGUACUCGGGCCGCCGAGUGAAGGCAUUGACCAUGACCAUCCACUCACACCUGUCCGAACAAAUCAAGGACGCCCAGGAGGAAGCCUUGAAGCCAAAGAAUGUGACAGGUGAAGCAUUAAGAGGAAUGGACAAAAAUCUUGAAGUCAGGGAUGACGAAGUUCGUUGUCUCAUGAACCGGAUCUGGACACCAAAAUUUGGUGGAUUCAGGGACGUUGUGAUGAACGAAGCUCAUAAAACUCUCUACUCUAUGCAUCCCGGAUCAGACUAG